AUGCCGCCUUUCAAGGCGGCAGUCGAAGCCGACGUGUGGAGCGGCAUGGGGACGUUUGUUGCGCUAAACAACGUGCCAUUGGCCGCCAAUGAACUCAUGCAUAAGGGAUUGCUUCGAGGGGAUCUCGGAUUCAAGGGCCUCAUGGUCACCGACUUCAAAGAGAUCAAGAUGCUUGUUACACAGCACAGUUAUGCCCCUACUGUCCUGGAGGCGGUCUAUGCGUCCCUCUCCAAGGCAACGUACGACAUGAGCAUGGUGCCGGACGAUGGUAGCUUCAUCGAAACUGGAAAACAAUUGGUGGCCCAGAACCGCAUCCCCGAAUCCCGGCUGCGUGAAUCUGUGCUGCGGAUUGUCAAACUUAAGUUGAAACUUAACUUGUUUGACGAGCCUGUGCCCGGCGCCGAUGUCUUGAGUCAGCUCGGCGACGAAGCGAGCCAGCUCUCAGCCCUCGCUAUAGCUCGGGAAUCCAUGGUGCUCUUGAAAAACCAAGACAAUGCGCUGCCAUUGACUCCCGGGAAGGCAUCCAUUUUCCUCACAGGCUCCAGCAGCGACUCGAUCGGGUUGCUGUGUGGCGGCUGGACGCUCUGGUGGCAGGGGACGUCCCUGAGCCAAGUGUUUCCGUUGGGCGCGUCCGUGCGGAAAGCGAUGGAGACCACCCUUGGGGGAGCGGACAAAUUUUCGUUUUACCAAGGGUUUGACACGGACGGGAACCUUGUCGACAACGACGGAAAGCCCGGCGACUUGGAAGCGGCCAAGGCCAUGGCAGCCAAAGCUGACUACACGGUGGUCGUGCUGGGCGAACGUCCCUACGCUGAAUACAAGGGCAACGAUGACAAGCAGCCCCUCCCACCAGGAUUCCUCACGUAUGUCAAGGCACUCAAGUCGACUGGCACCAAGAUCAUUCUGGUGUUGGUCGAAGGGCGUCCUCGACUGCUUAACGGGAUAGCAGACCUUGCGCAUGCUGUCAUCUUUGCUGGCCUGCCGUGUGAGUAUGGCGGCCAAGCGAUUGUAGACGUGUUGCUGGGCAAAGUCAAUCCGAGCGGAAGAAUGGCCAUGACGUACCCAAAGACGGACACCAGCAUCAACUUGGCAACUCCGUACUACAAGCGCACCAACACGUCAUGUCUCAAGGACGGCAUCAAGUACGAGUGUCCUGCAGAGUGGCAGUUUGGCGACGGGUUGAGCUACACGAGCUUCCAUUACUCGAACGCGACGAUCAGCACGACGGCGCUAUCGUUCAGCUCGACGGGCUCGAAUGCGUUCACCGUCUCAGUGACUGUGCAAAACACCGGGCUUGUCAAAGGGCAAGAGACCGUGCUCCUGUUUGGAACGCCGCCUGCGACUCGCAUCCAUGCCGAAACCAAACUCCUGAAGCGAUUUACAAAGCUGUCGUUGGCGGCGGGCGAGGCCAAAGGUGUGACGUUUUCGCUGUCUCAUCAAGACCUGGGCUACUACAGCAACGACAUCGGCAAGGGACUCAAGAAGGACGCCCCAAGCGGCGCGUACACGUUUUUCCUCAAGCACGACACCGAUUGCAGCACCAGUACUCCCCUCUGCAUGACGCUCAAGUGGGACAACCCGGACAAGGCGUCCUUCAUGCCAAAUGCCACGGUUGCGCCAACGGUGGUGGCUCCAGUGGGUCCAUCAGGACCAAUCAAGAAUGGCUCGACAACCGUGGCUCCAGGAAGCGCCCCAUCGGACAACGACUCUGCGUCGGCCGGCGAUGACAAUCAGACGGUACCUGUCCCGAUGAUCGUUGGAAUCUCAUGCGGCGUCGUGUGCGCGUGUGGCAUUCUUGCGUUCUUGGUCUCUCGACGAAAAGCCCAACAACAGAAACCACUCCGAACCCUUCACGUGAUGGAGAGCAAGGAAGACCGCGUUGUAAUUGUCGAUGGCGGCGGUUCUCUCACGUACAAAUCACUCUAA